GCCGGUCUCAUUGGGUCGGUGGCCUCGGGAUACUUCCAUCUGCUUGGACUGCCCUCAUCCGGCUGCCCGGCCUCAUAAAUCACCAGGUCCUGCUGCGGUCGCAUCGGUCGGGCAUUUCUAAUUUCUCUGUACGUAUUCAAGUGCGCUCUUCAAUCUAUCUCGUCAACAUGGGACACCCGACCCCGACCGAAGACAUGGAAAUCAACGACAAGCUCCUGCCCGACGAAGAGGCACGGUGGAGACAAGAGCGGAAGCCUCAGAGCAACUGGGAGAAAUGGGGCACCAUCCUUCUCCUCAUCGCCACGGCUCUUGUGUCACUGGGGAUAGGUGCGCUGGUUGGACACCAGCAGCAAGACUCGGACAAGACUUGCACGCUGCGAGUCGCUCAAUAUUCUCCCGUGAUCUCCAACGUCGGCAUUUCGUACCAUCAGGAGCAGUUCAACGGCUCGUUCCUCAACGAGAACAUCUUCCGCAAGGACGCCAGCCCCGAGGUCGAUGCGGCAUGGAAGUCUCUCGGUGCUGAUUACCGAAGCAUCCGGGUUGCUCCCGAGGAAGCCAAACGAUCGGGCCUUGCGCAGGACCAGGUCAAAAUCAGCGAGAAAUAUGGCGGAGGCUACCCAGCUAAUGUCGAGGGUCUUCAUCACCUCCAUUGCCUGAACCUUCUCCGCCAGUCCCUCUACUACAACUACGACUACUACCACAAACAAGGCCAUGGUGCCUUCAAGAACGACGACUUCAUCGUUCGUCGUCACGUCUCCCACUGCCUCGACAUCCUCCGACAGCAGCUCAUGUGCACCGUGGACGUCGGAGUGCUCGGCCAAGUCUGGGUUCAUCCCGACAGCCCUGAGCCUUUCGUCGACUUCAACACGAAGCAUCGCUGCCGUAACUUCGAUGCUAUUCGCGAUUGGGCCGAGCAGAACCAGAUGCCCGAGUCCGUUCCGUCGGACUUCUUGGAGCCGCCCAAGCAGGGCGACCGGGUGUAUGAGGAGGUGCCGUAAAUUAUGACGCUAUGAACUGUAUAUAGAUUUUUAUAUUUCCUUCCAUGUGUUAGAAUAAUCAAGACGCUAUGCCC